ACACACACCACACACACACACACACACACACACACACACACACACACACACACACACAGAGACACAGGCAACCCUCCAAAUGACACACUGUUUUCACAAAUAUUAUUGGCCCUGUUGAUCACGAGGCACAUGCUGCUGUCAGCUCAUUCAAUCACCAUCCACUACAGACAYCACCUGGGUAUGAGGGUCCCAUCUGCACACUAUUAGCCCCCAUUGAGAGAACUGGAGAGUACUACUACACUUCCCUGUUGUACUGCUAUGUUUAUUCACUCUGGCAGGUGCUAGUGUCAUGUCCUAUUUGUCCAGGCGGCUGUCUGUGUGAGUGGAUACGACAGGGUUAUGAUGAACACGUGCUGUUGUUGUCUUCUACUGCCUACGGUUGGUUCACUGUGAGGGGAAGAGAUCCUAGGUCUGAUCAUACUGUUUGUCUAUCACCCUGUCAGAAGGGAUCAAGACCAAAUCUCUCUUGAAGUAGACACUUCAUCUCAAAGAGACUAACAUCUCAAAGGAUAAACAAAGGCUGACUAGAACACAUCAGUCUGUCCAACCGUCUGUCUGGUUGUACCCCCAACUGUGGCCCACCUCUUGCCCGCUCCCCCCACCAUCCAGUCUGUGUGUAAGUUCUGCCGACGGGCUGCUUGGAGGAUGAGCGAUGUCCCCACCCUGGACUAUGAGCUGCUGCUGUCCCCUGGGCCCUCCCUCCCUGGGCCCCCCAGCAGCCCUGCUCGUGGGGGGCGACGCGGAGCAGAGGACGGCCUUUGCCUUCGUGGGGCUCCUCAUGCUCUUCCUUGUCUUCCUGCUGGUGCGCUGCUUCCGCAUCCUGCUGGACCCCUACAGCCGCAUGCCAUCCUCCUCCUGGACCGAACACAAGGAGGGCGUAGAGAGGGGGCAGUUUGACUACGCCCUGGUCUAGACCUGGGUCGUGUUCAUUAGGCACCAAACGGA